UCCGCUCCAUUCUCAUCACUAACCCAUCCCUCACCAUCCUGGAUCUAUCAUAAUGAUCUGCAGGACUCCGGAAUAAAACGUCUGUGUGAGGGACUCCGACAUCCUGGCUGUACUCUGCAGGAGCUGAAGUUGGAAAAAUGCGGUGUGACUUCCUCCUGCUGUGAGGAUCUCCUCUCCAUUCUCAUCACUAACCCAUCUCUAAGAAUACUGGAUUUAUCAGAUAAUAAUCUGCAGGACUCCGGAAUAAGACGUCUGUGUGAGGGACUCCGACAUCCUGGCUGUACUCUGCAGGAGCUGAAGUUGGUUGGAUGUGAUCUGACUUCCUCCUGCUGUGAUGAUCUCCGCUCCAUUCUCAUCACUAACCCAUCCCUCACCAGCCUGGAUUUAUCAAAGAAUGAUCUCCAAGACUCUGGAAUGAGACAUCUGUGUGAGGGACUCCGACAUCCUGGCUGUACUCUGCAGGAGCUGAGGUGAGAAUUCUACUAUAAAUGAUCUCAUAUUCUGCAGGACUCUGAUAUAUAUCU